AUGAAAAAUUGUAAAACGAUAGAGACUCAAGAGAUGCUUUAAUGCUCAAAUAAACAUAACAAUUGUCCAGUUAUUGUGAUCUUAUUAGAUAAAGAUCUUGAAGGAGCAUAAAGAUUAGUGUGCCAAUAAUGUAUAGUAAAUAAUUUAGGAUUUAUUAAUGGAAUUUCUAUUACCUAAGGAUUAUGUAGAAUUCAAUCAAUAAAGGAAUAAAUUUUUGAUUCAAUUUCCAUUCACUUUUAAUUAGCUUAUGAUAAAUUGGAAUCUUUUCUAGGAUAAAUUUAGUAAGUUAAAAGAGACUUUCUAUAGUCGAUAAAUCAAAUUACUGAGAACCUCGAUCUUUGGAUGAAAUAAUUGGUAACACUAAAGGAAGGGUAUGAAUAAUAUAGCUUACUUGCUGAAAUUGACAUUCUAACUAAACCCUCUGAUUAAUUGAUAGAAUUAGAAAAAUAAAAAUUUAAAGAUAAAAUAAAAACAAUAAUUGAUUAAUAUUGGACUAAGAUUUUUUAGAAUAUAUAAAUAUUAGAAAGAACCAGCAAAGAUUAAGAAUUAUUAUUCUAAUUGAAUUAAUUACAAGAUUUAAAUUUGGAAACCAUACAAAGUGCAGAAAAUGUUUAGAAUGAAUAAUAAUAGAAAGAAUCUAAUCAAUCUACAAUUAGUUAAGUUGAUAAAUAAAAUCGAGUUUAAUCCCAAUUGAUUUAAGAAGUUAAUUAAUAAUAAUAGUGUCAUGUUUUAGAUUUUAAUAACGAUAAUUCUCUAAUAGCCGCAUCUUGUGAUAAAAAUAUUAAAAUUUGGAAUUUCAGAGAUGGAUAGAUGAUUGAUUAAAAUAUAGUUUUGACUGGUCAUGAAAGUGAUGUUUUUUGUAUUUUAUUUAGCAAGAAAAUUAAUUGGAUUGUAUCUGGUGAUAAAAAUAGUCAAAUAAGAAGUUGGAUUCAGAAAUAAGGUUCUUUUGGAGCAACUUAAUGGGAAAGCUCUUAACCACUAACAUAGCAUAAAUCCUUCAUACUCAGUUUGUAUUUAAAUUAAAAUGAAGAUGAAUUAAUAUCUGGAAGUGGAGAUUAAACGAUAAAAGUAUGGCGAGUGAAUUGUUAAUCAAAUAAAAUUGAAUUCUUAUACUCCCUUUGUAAGCAUAAUGGUGAGGUUGAUAAAGUAAACCUAAAUUCUAAAGAAACUCAAAUGGUGUCUUGUGGAUGGGAUUCAUAAAUCAUUUUAUGGGAAAAGGAUGGCAGUAAUAAAUGGUAAUUUAAAUAUAUUUUAACUUAAUCAAUUCAAGAUAUUGGUAUGAGAAUUGGAUAUUUAGAAGAUGAUACGAUAGUUUGGUGUUAACUCAAAUAACCAUUUUUACAUGUUUUUAAAUUAUAAAAUGGUAAAUUUUAAGAAAGAUCAGAUUUGAAAGUUUAAUUAAAAGAAAUUAUUCCUGAAAAUAACUUUUUCGAUUAUAAUCUAUUUUAGUUAAAAUAUUUAUCAAAAGAAAAAGUCUUAAUAUUCAAGUCAUAUAGAUUUUUAUAUUUUAUGAAAGAGAGUCUUAAUUCUUAACUUAUUUAUCUAUGCA